AUGAGCGGAAAGGGUUGCCAGCUCCUGGUGUCGCCAUGUGGCAUGUCCCCGUCGCUGGGGAAGAUAAGAGGGCACCAGUCCCAGGUCGUCAAGGUGCCCGUGGCAUUCCCUCCGCGGGGCAGUUUUCCCUUCUCGGGUGCGAAUAAAGUAAGCAGCGGGAAGCAGAACGGCGGCCCUGUGACCCUACCGAGCCUGAGCCUCCACAGGAAGGUGUUGACAAAUGGGAAGCGGGACGUCAAGCCGGCGGUAUCGCUGUACCGGCAAGAUGCGAGCAUUCAAGGAGGCUCUUCCAAAAAAGCAGGUAGCGGCGAUUCCAGACCUGCCAUUGAAGUUCUCGGGCAUCCUGCCGGUUGGAACCCCACGGUAACCAGCUCUCCAAUGUCAGUUGUCCCUAGUCAACAACAGGAUGUUGUUGCGUCUUACCGCCCGCCUCUUGACGCCAGGUCGGUGCUAUCGAGAGAAUCCCUGGCGUCCACCACCCUCGGUCUUUUCGAAAGCCAGUCGGUGUUUAGCGACUGGCCUUUUGGUUACCGCGUCCAACCGCCGCCGGGGCGGGCACCGUGUUCCGCCCCGGCCUGCGAAAGCGGUGAGCAACUCGGCCUCCCUCUUGGCAGAACCAUGUCCAGCACAGAGACUUCUGGCGGCUGGAGCACGUCGGCCUCCCUGCCCUCGUAUCUUUUCGCGGGUGAUGCCGGGAGCUCCAGACAGCAUAACGUAAAGAAGAGAGCUCUUUCCACGUCCCCUUUGUCAGAAGUGAUGGGCGCCGAUUUCAACUCCAUCAUACGCACCUUGCCUACAUCACUUGUGGCGUAUAUCAAUAGCUCUCCGACAUCCCACCCUACUCUCUCGCCCGUCCAGUCCGAGGGCUACGGCCACUUCCUGGGCGUGAGGGGCUCUUACAUCCCCCAGGUUCAUCCCUACGCGAUGCCAGACUCUUUACCAGCUCUGAUUUCACCGGGCGAGUGCGGUCGCAAGAAGGUUCUGGAAGAGGGCGGGGCUCCGGGGAGUCAGAUGGCUAACAUGGUGGUGGAACAACAGUGGCUUCCAAAUUCUCAGAAAGUGGCCGCGCUGGGAAAUAUUUCAGAAACCUGUAGCGAGGAGACCAACCACAGACCAACUCCGCAGCUACAGUCGGUUCCACUGCCUGUUGAAGACGCUGUUGUUCCACAGGGACCUCCACCACCCUACCACUCCCACCGCCACAUUCACCUUCCCAGAAUUCACCACAAAAUAAGGACCCAAGACGCUGUCAACCAGGGUCCCGUGGUUGCACCCCGGCACUGCCUCAGCUUUUUCCCCCAGAUUCCCAUGCUGGAGGAAGAAGAGGGAGAAUCGGAGGACUGCGGCGCCCACCGCUGCUUGUGGGCGGACUGCGGUGCAGUCUAUGACCAAAAAGACGAGCUGGCGAAGCACAUAGCAAAGCUACACGUGGACCAGAGGAAAGCCGAGGACUUCACAUGCUACUGGGCGGGCUGCCCGCGGAACCUCAAGCCUUUCAAUGCCCGUUACAAGCUUCUGAUCCACAUGAGGGUCCAUUCGGGAGAGAAGCCCAACAAGUGCAUGUUCAAGGGCUGCAAGAAGGCUUUCUCCCGCCUGGAAAACCUAAAGAUCCACCUGCGCAGCCACACGGGGGAGAAGCCGUACCUGUGCCAGCAUCCAGGAUGCUUCAAGGCCUUUAGCAACUCCAGCGACAGAGCCAAGCAUCAGCGCAUCCACCUGGACACAAAGCCGUACUUGUGCCAAGUGCCAGGCUGUGCAAAGCGCUACACUGAUCCCAGCUCUUUGAGGAAGCACGUCAAGUCCCAUUCCACUGCGGAGAGACAGCUACGGAAAAAGAUGAAAUCCACAUCUGAUGUGACCCAAGAGUCUCUGACAGACUGCUUAACCAUCCACCAUUUGCACCACAGCCUCUCUCCACCAGCCAGGAGAGACAACUUGAUAGCGUCCUCUCGAGAGCCUUUCUCAAGUAUGGAAAAAACACCAUUGAGUUUUUUUUUUUGUUUCCCUCCACAUAUUCAAGGCAGAUAUUUACACACUAUGAACUAUCCAUUAGACUUACACUGCAGAUGGCUGCACUCAAAGUGUAUCUCAUCCCCCCCCCAAGUCAGUCCACAGGGAGGCGACUCCCCCCACGAUCCUCACUCGGCACUUAUGUGCACCCUGCAAGACAGUCACAGGUUUGUCGAUCCUCCUCCUAGCCAGAUUUUCUGCACUGACCUCUGCCCGCCACUCUCAGGCCUUCCUCAUCCUCCCAGUGAUGCAUCCAUGCGGUCCAGUCGGACCCCCGGAUCGGCAGCAGACCACAGCCCAGAUCUCUCAGGGCAGAUGGAGGCACUCUUUCCCUACGACGGGAUGUCAGCGCGGGCCGAGUCCGGUCACCUCGGGCAAGUGGACGCCUUUGGAGGCAGCGGGAUCUGCAACACCGGGUUUGACGUACAAACGUCAGGAGGUGACUUCUUCAACGUGAUGGAAGCCCAUGCGUGCCAAGUAUACCGUAACCCAACAGAGGAAUGACAGCACGCCAACCUGUGGCAUUCUUUCCUUUGCACUAUUUUUGGACGCAAUCUCAAUAACACAUAGACUUGACAGGAAUCUCUUGCUUCCAAAUAAGAGUGUGACUUUAUAUUGAAGUAUCGAGUUUGAUCCAGAAGUAUUUGGAAAAUCAUUGAUUUGAUCAGGGAAUCAUUAACUUUCUGGGCCCGGGUGGUUCCUCAUAAUCAGAACAGCAAUUUAAUGUAACGUGUAUACCCCUAAAUGUAGUAAGAAUUCAAAAGUAGCCCAUGUUUGUCAGAAAACAAUCAGCGCCCCUGGCCCAUUUGAGGGGAAUGAGCAAAGUUGGUUUGAUUGGUGUCAAAUCAAGUCGGCGGCGUUCACGUCUACAAGGCCGCAAACCGCCCUUUCUUCCACGCGCCAGCUUGCAUGUGUCCACGAAAGGAACAAAACAUGGACUAAGCCAUAUCUGUGCAGAUUUAUACCCCGAGUCAUGUCUGAUUUAUAGAACUAAUGCAUAUGGAUGCAGAAUACUUUUGUCUGUACGUCUGGUACGUCAUUUGCACCUUCCCCCACAGGCUUGCAUUAGUAACUAUAGUAACAAGAUAGACUUAUAAUUUCACUGUAGUAUUCUGUGCUGGAAAAAAAACAAUAAAUGGUUUCUUGAAGAUU